AUGUCCGACCCAUCAAAGACCUCCGGCCAGUACCACUCGACCAAGGGCAACGUCGUCGAGGCUAUCGGCAACGCGACCGGUCUUGAGUCCUGGCAAACGUCAGGCAAGCAGGAGCACGCUGAGGGUGAGGGCGAGUACAACGCUGCCCGCGCCAAGGGCUAUGCCGAGGGCACCGCAGACCGCAUCUCCGGCAAGAAGGACAAUGUCAUCGGCGCCGUCACCGGCGACAGCUCCCAGCAGGCGCAGGGGCAGGCGCGCCACGACAAGGGCGAAACCCAACAAGAGUUCAACAAGCGCGCGUAG